AUGUCAGAUACAGACGUUCCAAAUGAAAAAAAAGAACACAUGAUUCCAAUGGAAAGCGAAGAUCCAGGAGAAAUAAGAUGCAUUUGCGAUUAUACAGACGACGACGGUUAUACUAUUCAGUGUGAACAAUGUGCAGUUUGGCAGCAUAUAACGUGCGUAAUAAAGGAUCAAAUCCCCGAGAAGUACCUCUGCGACAGGUGCCAUCCACGUACAAUGCAUGUGGAGCGAGCUAAUGAGCGCCAGCGAUCCUUACGAGAAGCUGGUGAGCUUACUAAGCAGGCUGAGCCAGAAACACAGCACAAUGACCAGCAAGAUUCUGACGUAAAGCCAAGUCGGAGGUCUACCCGUAAAAUAUCAAAUACAAGAGCGCGCAGACCGACAGCAUCGGGAAAAGAGAGUUCAGCGAGCCCACCACAGCCUGAGCAGAAUCAAAAACGAAGACUAAAAAAUGGUAGGAAUUACGUAAGAGAGAGCAACGACGAAGACGAUCAAGACACAUUUGAUAACGACGAAGAUGAGGCAACUCAUGAUUUUCCAUAUACACAAAUUACUGAAAAUAAUAUUGUCCGUAAAGAGGUUGAGGAACUUUUCCGAACGGUUUUAUCACAGUACCAACGGCAAGCACAAGACAGAAAGAGGUCUCUAUCACAAUCUUCCGCUACCAAAUUGUCUACGAUAGAUAUUCUUGGAGACAUUGGAAAAAAAUCUCAAACACGACAAUCAGGUAAUACCACAAAAGAUAUAAUAACGACACGUUCAUCAACGCCAAAGGCGGAUCUUGCUAGGCAACUGGUUCGGGUAGAGCGAGAAUCUCUAGCACACCCAGUUAUAGAACCCGUUGUCAAAAAGAUAAGAGUAACGGACACUAAUAGGAAACAGAAUUGUAUAACCUAUGGCCUAUUUGCUGAGACAAAUAUAUCACCUAAACAAUUCAUAUUUGAGUUCAAGGGAGAAGUUAGCUUAAAAUCAGCUUACCAGGCUGAUCCAAGUAAUAAUUAUUUCUUGCUUGGUGUGGCCCAACCUUUUGUUCUUUUUCACCCGCUAAUAGAUCUCUGUGUUGACGCACGGUCAUCCGGAAACAAAACACGUUUUAUUCGGCGAUCGUGUCAUCCAAAUGCAGAGACUCGAAGUAUAAUGGUACCUGGUGAAGAAGAACAAAGAAUUCAUUUGGGUGUCUUUGCAAAAGGUGAAGCAAUACAGAAAGGAAAGGAGAUAACUGUUGGAUGGGAUUGGGAACCUAAUCAUGUCGCUUUCAGUCUCAUCGAAGGGAAGGAUGAUGUUUUCGAUGACGACUUGGAUAUCGCUAGUAGAAGAAAAAAAAUGUUAGAUGUUGCUUCGGCUAUUCUAAAUAUUACCGAUUGUGCAUGUGAAACAAUGGAUAGUUGUAUAAUUUAUAAAAUGAUACGCGAAGGUAAGCUCAAAACGGCAAGCACUUCAGCAAGUACGUCUGCAAGGAGAUUGCACGGAUCUGAAUCAGAGAGCUCAAAUUCUAAGACUGUUUCUAUCAGUGGGUUAUCCGAAAGUGAUAGCGCGGCAAUUACAAAUGAUUCCGCGCCUUAUUUUGCACAAGUUGCAGAUAGUAAAGAGGAUCCUAUGAGUUCUCCAAUAACUUGUGGGUUACCUUUAAAACAAUAUUUAGUUGAAUUGCAUCUCCGCGAAGCCAAGGCGGAUAGCGACGCAAAUAGGAAUAAUAGGAAGGGCGUAUCAAAGAGAAAGUCAUCGCAAUUAACGACAGCUGCGUCUACGAUCACAACAGUCGAAUCACCUAUAAUCCCACCUAUCAAGACAAUUAACGAGGAAUAUAGUUCCUCAGAAAUAAACGAGUCUAAAGAUACUAAGCGACUUCAAGAGAAGGAAGUUGUUACAAGCGAGAAAGGCUUAGAAGCCAAGAAGCCCCGGAUAAGAAGUGAUGACAAAAGGAAUGUCGACGAUCGAGAUUUGCUCUCGCCCGAACCAUUGACGUCAAUAGUGCCGGCCAAACGUGGUGCCAACAAAGAAAAACCCGGUAAUUUCAACAAACAGCAGGGGUCUAACUUACAAACGAAACGCCAAAAGCUGGAUAACGACUUGGAGAAAUCUUUGAAACCAACAAGGAUUACCUUGACAACUGAAGUCGAUGAUGAAAAGGAGGAACAGACUACUCAUAGCUCAUUAAGUAACGAAACUCAGAGUUUAACGCCCGUCAGAGCAACGUCUGUUCCCCUCAAACAUGUUUCUUCAACGCCUCAGGAAACGCUGCUUGUUGCUCAGCCGAAUCAAAUGACUCGUCCUAUUUCGAAGAAUUACUAUCAACAGCAGGCCAAGUUAGGUUCAAAGGACGACCAGUCCGUUACGGAGAGCCAUUUUACAAAAUCGUCAGUACCUUCGCCAGUUAUACAAAGUCCAGCAUCAUCAGACACAUUACAGACGGUUGUAAAGCUUGAGAACGAACCUAAGAAUUUGAACAAUGAAGUUACUUCAGAACGUGAGCGCCGGAAUAAUGAGCGGUCAGAUCCGCUAAGGAUGAGCUCCACUGAUAAAGAACCUGAGCGACCAUCAGUGACAAGGAAAUUAAGUUUGCUAGAAUAUAAGAAUAUGCAACAGGCUGAACUGAAUAAAGCUUCUGGAGAGCGUGUUGCUGAAAGAAUGCUUGCAUCAAGCUCCCCAUCAGUAGCUCAGUUGAAAUCGGAUGCUGAUAUCAACGCCAAUACGAACUCUAAGCAAGUUGCACGUAAUAAUCCGCCAACUAUGGCGGUGAAAGCCAAACUUUCGAUGAAAGAAUAUCGUGCAAAGAAACUAUUGGAAGCCGCAAAUGUGUCGAGCGAGGCGAAUGCUGAAGCUCCAAAAAUAGGGGAACCUUCUUGUUUAUCAUCCAAUGAAAAAUUUGACACAAUAGGAUCUAAAGGAGAAGAGGCACUUGAAACAAGCAACACACAGAAUCCAGAAACUUCCGUUGUAUCUAAAGUCUCGGCAUCGUUAUCCAAAUCUUCAAAGCAACCGGAUGUGAGCUUAGAUGCAAGCUCUGCAGCACAGGAUGAUUACUUUCCUGAAGACUUACCUAUUGAGGUUUAUAGGCCGGGCGAUGGAGUAAGAUUUGGGGAUUCAACAGAUAUGUCCCAGUCGUCGUCGUCAUAUGAUGAUGUACGCGGUAGACGCUCACCAGUAUAUAAAGACUAUACGUCACCUUUAUCAAAUGAUGGAAGUUUACAAAGCACGCGAACUUAUACAUCAUCACAAAGAGGAUCCAGGUAUGGGCAAUUCCGAGGACGACCUUUCCGAGGACUGCCGGGAACGUCUGAACGUGGCAGAUACCAUGGGCCACAUUAUUUUAAUUCAUCCAGUGUGUCAUCAAUGAGUUCGUUACAAAGCACGUCUCGGACUGGUCAAACAUCUGCAUCACCACCAUCUUCGUCAGCAGCACCUUACGAUCCAGAGAACCCAGAUGGACAGACUUUAGGUGAUGCUCGUGUUAGAGACUAUCCACGCCAAGGAGUCAAUAAUGAGAGGCCCGAACGUGAACGCUGGUACAAUGAUCGACCAAGUUGGCGUGAUCGAGAUAGGGAGCGUGAUGAUAUCAGAAAAGACUGGAGUAAACGACAGGAUUAUCAUUACAGAGACAGAGAUUAUGGUAGCGGGGCGGAUGUGUCACGAUAUUCGAUGGGUCCAAGACGGCCAUCUGGUCCAGUGCCAUAUCAAGACCGAUACGCAAUGAGUAGCAGUAGUGGAACGCGCGCCCCUGCUUAUACGACGCGCCGUAAUAUUGGCGAGGAUGCCUCGAGUAUGACAAUAUCAAGUCGUAAUGAUAUGAUGGAUCUUAGUGGAAACUCAUCUAUACUGCCGACGGGACCCGCUACCAGUUCGUCAUCGUCACCGUCGGGGUCCAUCAAGCCUGGUGAAUUGUCGCCGUCUUCGAGUAAUUCCAUCCAACGAUACACGGACGAUAUUCGACGGCGCAGAUGA